CCCGACGGAAGGUCCCGGAGCCCGGUUGAAGCCCCCAGCAGAGCCCCGUCGGACGCUCGCGGAGCCCCGUUGGGGCGGCCGGUUACACCGCGGCGAGAGCCCCGGAGCGCGGUGGGAGGAAGCGCCCCGAGUCCUCGGUGAGCGGCGGUGCCCGGGGGAUCUCCCCCCGGUCCCUCCAUGGACUGAGAUGGCCUCGGAGCUGGCCAUGAGCGCGGAGCUGCCCACCAGCCCCCUCGCCAUCGAAUACGUGAACGAUUUCGACCUGAUGAAGUUCGAGGUGAAGAAGGAGCCGGCGGAGGCGGAGCGGUUGUGCCACCGGCUGCCCGCCGGGUCCCUGUCGUCCACCCCGCUCAGCACCCCCUGCUCCUCCGUGCCUUCCUCGCCCAGCUUCUGCGCUCCCAGCCCCGGUGGCCAACCAGCCCCUGGCCCCCCGACCACCACCGCCGCUUCCCUGGGCUCCAAGCAGCAGCUGGAGGAGCUGUACUGGAUGUCGGGUUACCAGCAUCACCUCAACCCCGAAGCUCUCAACCUGACGCCGGAGGACGCGGUGGAGGCACUGAUCGGUGCCCCUCACCAUCAUCAUCAUCACCACCAAGGCUACGAGUCCUUCCGACCUCAGCCCUUCGGUGGUGAGGAGCUACCCCCGGCCGCCCAUCACCACGCCGGUCACCACCAUCAUCAUCAUCACCAUCUGCGCUUGGAGGACCGCUUCUCCGACGAUCAGCUGGUGAGUAUGUCGGUGCGGGAGCUCAACCGGCAGCUGCGGGGCUUCAGCAAGGAGGAGGUGAUCCGCCUCAAGCAGAAGAGGAGGACCUUGAAGAACCGGGGCUACGCUCAGUCCUGCCGCUACAAGCGGGUCCAGCAGCGGCACAUCUUGGAGAACGAGAAAUGCCAGCUCCAGAGCCAAGUGGAGCAGCUCAAGCAGGAGGUGACCCGCUUGGCCAAGGAAAGGGAUCUGUACAAAGAAAAAUACGAGAAGUUGGCCGGCCGGGGCUUCCCGAGGGAGCCCUCCCCAUCCGCCGCCCCCAAACCCACCGCUGACUUCUUCAUGUGA